CUGACUCAACCCCCUUACAAGUAAAGAAGAGCUCUCUCUCUCUCUGGCGGAUUUAGAGAGAGGACUAGUUUACCUUUUGCUCCUCCCUCUUUUAUUCUGAAUUUCUUUUCCCUUUGCCCAAAUUUCAGGCACCAGAGAAUCUGAAGUUUGGGAAAAUUUUGGGUUUGUCUUUGAUUGUCCCAAAGUUUUGAGAAUCAAAAUGUUUGGAAUUGGGUGUGAGUGUUUUUGCUGGGACAGUGCCUCAGAAUUCUGCCCUUUGGAACCUCAACCCUUUUCUCUUCCUUAUCCCAUUCCACAAUGGCCUCAAGGUCAAGGUUUCGCUACCGGGAAAAUUUGCCUCGGAGAAAUAGAAGUUCUUAAAAUCACCAAGUUUGAAGGUAUAUGGAGCUGCACUCCCAGAAAAUCAAAAGGUGUCACAUUCUAUCGACCUGUGGAUGUCCCAGAGGGAUUUUUUAGCCUCGGUCACUAUUGCCAGCCCGAUGACCAGCCGUUAAGAGGCUAUGUUCUUGUGGCCCGAGAUGUUGGUGCCACCCGGCAAAACAUUAGCUCUAUUUGUGGCUCAGUGCCAAAAAACUCUCCAGCUCUUAAAAAGCCUUUCGGUUACACGUUAAUUUGGCGUACAGAUUCUCAUCACAGUGGAUGUGGAUACGUCUGGCUGCCAAAACCGCCAGCAGGUUAUAAAGCCAUGGGUUAUGUGGUUACUGGCAAGCCAGAUGAGCCAGAUUUUGAAGAAGUUAGAUGUGUGAGAGCUGAUCUUACUGAGACUACUGAAACUUGUGAUAUGAUACUUGAGACAGAUUCAAGUUUUUCAAAGCCACCACUUAGAGUUUGGAACAUGAGGCCCAGCCGAAGGGGGAUGUUGGCUAAAAGUGUUUGUGUCGGGACAUUCUUCUGCACUACCAACCACAGCUCAGGAGAUGAGCUAAACAUUGCGUGCUUAAAGAAUCUUGAUUCAACCCUACAUGCAAUGCCGAAUCUAGAUCAGAUUCAUGCCCUUAUCAAGCACUACGGGCCCACCGUGUUCUUCCAUCCGGAUGAGAUCUAUUUGCCCUCAUCGGUAUCAUGGUUUUUUAAAAAUGGGGCACUUUUGUAUCGAAAUGGCAAGGUCAAGGGAGAGCCCAUUGAUUCUAGGGGCUCAAAUUUGCCUGGUGGUGGAAGAAAUGAUGGAGAAUAUUGGAUAGACUUGCCAGACAACAAGGAUGAGAGAAAUUUUCUCAAAAAUGGUGAUAUUGAGAGUGCUGAGCUCUACGUUCAUGUAAAACCGGCUUUAGGAGGAACUUUCACGGAUAUUGUCAUGUGGGUUUUUUGCCCCUUCAAUGGACCGGCCACCAUUAAAGCCAGCUUGGUGAAUAUUGAAUUGAGCAAAAUAGGCGAACAUGUGGGCGAUUGGGAGCAUUAUACUCUCCGUGUGUGCAACUUCACCGGAGAGCUUUGGAGCAUGUACUUCUCGGAGCACAGUGGUGGUGAAUGGGUGAACGCUUGUAAUUUGGAGUACAUUGAGGGAAAUAAGCCAAUUGUUUAUUCAUCAAAAAGUGGCCAUUCAAGUUACCCACAUCCUGGGUGCUAUAUUCAAGGGUCUUCGAAAAUUGGUAUAGGUUUGAGGAAUGAUGUUGCUCAGAGCAAAUAUUUUGUGGAUUCAAGCACUAGGUAUCAGAUAAUUGCAGCCGAGUAUCUUGGAGUUGGAGUUGUAAAUGAGCCAAAUUGGUUACAGUAUAUGAGAGAGUGGGGUCCAACCAUUGUGUAUGAUGCUCGAUCUGAACUGAAUAAGAUAAUCAGCUAUUUUCCUAUAUUGCUUCGAUUUUCAGCUGAGACCUUUUUUGAAUUGUUUCCAACUGAGAUUUAUGGCGAGGAAGGGCCAACAGGACCAAAGGAGAAGGAUAAUUGGGUUGGGGAUGAAAGAUCAUAGGUUUGUUUCGUUUGAUUGCUUGCUUUUUUUCUGUUGUAGUCCGGUUGUGAGUUCGGUUCCUUUCCAUUUGGUUCAACUACAAGUCCAAUCACAAUAUUGUCUUUGGGCAAAAGGAUUGGUCUUGCAGGCUACUGGAGCAAAGUGGAAACAAAUUUCAACAAUUGCCAUUCUUCCCCACAGCUAUAUUCUUAGGUAUGCUUCUAUAUCUCUCACUGCGAAUUGUUUGUAGAGGAGGUACCUUUGUUGUAACAGUAUGAACACAUAUAUAUAGACAUGCUAUGAAAUUAGCAAAUUAUGCUUUUCUUGUAUCCAAGUUUGCAAGAAGAAUAAGCAUUCUGUACCAUCAGCUCGAAAUGUGAACUCUUUGUGGAUUCCACGCAAAGUUUUAUAGAGAUUGCAUAUAUGAAGUAAAUGUUUCUGGUGUUGUUAAUUGAUUUCAAAA